GUUUUCCCGUUUAUAGAACAGUGAAACGGGUGAAUUCGAGUAUUUUUACACCGACUCAGCGCGCAUCAAGCAGCCGAAAUAUGAUGAGGAGACAGGUGAGCCGGUUAACGAUCAGAUGAAAGUGCGCUAUCGCAAGCACGGCAACUUCCACGUGCCCAAGCGUUAUUUGCGCGGCACCAUCUGCGACGAGGUGGACAACGUAUUGGCCAACAAACACCACGAGGACUGGGAUAUUACAGCAAAGCAUGUGAUCGGCAGCAAAGCCAUGAAGAGCACUUCCAAUGAAAAGAAAACGAAGCCCGGCUACGAGCGGGAGGAUUACAUCAAAAUGGAUGGCGUGAGCAGCAACAUCAUAUUGGGCUAUGAACGCAACUCCUUCCUGCUCUUCCUGAUACCUACGCUCUUCUCCUGGAAUAUCUUUCUGUGGGGUCUGCUCUCUCUACUGGAGAUCGGGCUGCACAUGAUGUCGCACUACAAGAACUCCCUGACCAUGCAGAAGACUCUAUAUUUUCGCAGUCCGCUUCACGUGCUCUCCUCACAGUUCUGUGCAAUCUGUCGCAACGAGUCGGGCAGCAAGUACAAUCGCACCUUCGACAUACUCAACGAACAGAUGCGCGUGGCKCAUCGCACCGCAUUGAAGAACAUGGCCAAGGCCAUAGGCUGAGUUGCAAACGCACUUAUAGCUUCAACAAUUGUAAAACCAUUUUACACUUUAAUGGUAAUAAAAACAAACGAUUAUUGUUUCACGUUUAACAACAAUAAAUGCACAAAUAUAUCACCUGA